AUGUCACCAAUUCAAUCUGCAUUCUACCUGUGUCGAAGACCAAGACUUCCUCGCAUCUCAGCCAAAGCAUCAUGUCUCUUCUCAUUAUCGCAUUACAAACAUGUACACACCGAAACCAUAGCUGGCUCGCGCCAGGCCCCUGAAAGCGUAACGCCAAACUACGAUGUCUUGAUAGCGGGCGCCGGCCCUGUAGGCCUUUUGCUCGCCACCGAACUUAAACUUCAAUCGCCAGGUGCUAGGGUCUUAGUCUUGGAGCGCAGAGCAUCAUACGAUACAGCCAUAAAGGCGGGAGGUAUCAACACAGCCUCUCUCGAGAUGCUUGAACGCCGCGGUCUUCUCCCUGCUAUCAAGGCUGUGAGUACGCCGUUUUUCUCGGGUGCGAAGAAGGAUAUGGGUGGGAAGAAAUCGGCGUUUGCAAGCUCUGUUGGGCAUUUUGGUGGGAUCCCUGUUCCGGGUGCACCGGUUGAUAAGGAAGAUAGCUUGUUGCGCGGGCGGGGGCUGCAGGGGUGGUAUACGAUGUUGCCGCAGAUAGAUCUGGAGAAGAUGCUUUAUCAAAGGGCUAUUGAACUGGGCGUCUGUGUUUGGAGAGGUGUGGGGGUUAGCGGGUUCGAAGUGGACGUGAGCGGCGUUACGGUGGAGAUUGAUGGAGAGGGAGAAGGGGGAGAAGGAAGAGAUGCUUUGCGAGCAAGUUGGCUUGUGGGUUGUGAUGGAGGACACAGUCUCGUACGUCGAGUGGCGGGUUUCGAAUUCCCCGGCACAGAUCCGAAGAUCACAGGCCGCGCAGCCACUGUUGAGAUGGAGGGCGCAGAGCACCUGGCGGAGGGGUGGCAGUACACUCCGCAGGGAGUGUAUGUUUGUGGCCCGAUGCCGGGGCGAGUGCGCACGGUCGAGUUUGACGGUCCGCCCGCGGACAAGUAUGCGCCUGUCACGGCCGAGGAGAUGCAAGGCAGUCUGCGGCGGGUGACUGGAGUUGAAAGCAUUCGGGUCUCGAGGGCCACUGGUGGAACGCGAUUCACAGAUAAUGCACGACAGGCCACGAAAUAUCGGUCUGGAAGGGUGUUUCUGUGUGGAGAUGCGGCGCAUGUACACUCGCCGUUUAGUGGUCAGGGGUUGAAUCUGGGUCUUGGGGAUGCUGCUAAUUUGGGCUGGAAGCUUGGCGCGGUGGUGCAGGGGCGGGGUGCUGAGUAUCUGCUCGAUACCUAUUCGAGUGAGCGGCAUCCUAUUGGUGUUCGGGUUUUGGAUUGGACAAGGGCGCAGGUUGCUGUUAUGCGUGGUGAUCCUGAUGCGUCUGCGUUGAGGGGUGUCAUGAUUGAUUUUCUGGGAACCAAGGAUGGUGCGACGCAUUAUGUGAAGCAGAUAUCUGGGCUGUGGCAGCAGUAUAAUUUGGGUCAUACUAAUCAUCCGCUGGUUGGCAUGACAUUACCUGAUAUUCAGUUCGAUGACGGUACUAGGCUCGCUGAUCAUGCCCAUGAUGGUUCGUUUCUGCUGGUUGAUCUGACGGGUAGCAAAGACUUUGCGACCCUAGCCCAGAGAUAUACCGGGCGUCUAAAGUUGAUCCGAGGAAAGUCGAAGGUUGAUCGAGUUGAGCAACUCCUGGUGCGCCCCGAUGGCUUCGUGGCCUGGGCUGCUACCAGUGGUGUUGAUGAUAUUGCAGGACUGGAGGCCGCCUUGACCCAGUGGCUAUAG